GAUCUAUUCGUAUCGUUGUCGUUUGCUGUUUACCGCCAUCUUGUAUUUGACACAAACGCUUCAGCUGAAAUAUCUAUUUUAUUCUAGAUAUAUUAAAAAACUUCGUAACUUAGUACAUAAAUACUUUAAAGUUAAGGAAAUAGUUAUUUAAAAGUUUACAUUUUUCAAAACCUAUAACAAUGUCAGGAGGAAGUAGCAGCAACCGAAAUGAGUGCAGAAUAUACGUAGGGAACCUACCGCCGGACAUAAGAACAAAGGACAUUCAAGAUUUAUUUUACAAAUUUGGCAAAGUUACAUUUGUCGAUCUGAAAAACAGAAAAGGUCCACCAUUCGCAUUCGUGGAAUUCGAGGAUCCGAGGGAUGCAGAUGAUGCGGUACGUGCAAGAGAUGGCUAUGAUUAUGAUGGUUAUCGUCUCCGAGUGGAGUUUCCUCGGGGCGGUGGCGGAGGUGGCGCAAGAGGCGGGCGCGGAGGAGGGGACCGCUUCGGUGCCAGACCUGCAACCAGAGGCCCUCCGGCUAGGCGUUCAGAGUACAGAGUGCUUGUUACUGGGUUACCACCGUCUGGAUCUUGGCAGGAUCUUAAAGACCACAUGCGUGAAGCGGGCGAUGUUUGCUUUGCUGACACUUUCAAGGAUGGCACCGGUGUUGUGGAGUUUCUCCGUCAUGAAGAUAUGAAGUAUGCAGUGAAAAAACUUGACGACUCACGGUUUAGAAGCCAUGAAGGCGAAGUAUCAUAUAUACGGGUGAAAGAGGACUACGGCGGCGGUGGUGGUGGUGACAGAUACAGUGGUGAUCGUGACAGAGGUGCUUCGGGCAGGUCGCGGUCGUAUUCACCGCGGCGACGCGGAUCGCCGACUUAUUCGCCGGUGCGUCGCAGCUACAGCCGUAGUCGCAGCCGUGAUCACAACUACUGAGCAGUGUGAGCGAGCGAGGAGCGGCGGCUGGCCGGGCGCCGCGACCCCGUAGCCCCGAGACUGCGCCCACUUAGCGCUAUGCCAUGUUUAUAAUAAGAUCAACAUAUGUAUGUCCAUACUACUUGUUUUGCAGGCGACAUGUCACGUGCACUCUCCUCUCGUCACAAAUGUAAAAACCCCUAAUAUGCUGAAUUUUGUAUUUAAUGAGUCGCUUACAGAACGAGUUGAAAUUGAUAUUGUAGUAUGUAAUUGAGUUGAUAUAAUUAAAAGUACGUUUUUUUUUGUUUCAUCCACUGUGGAUUUGGCUCGUUGGAUGUGCUUGGCUGGAGGUGUGAGUCAGGAUGCCGUAGGAUAGGAUGGCAUGGGAUGGGAUGGGACCGUCGGGUAGGACGCGCGCACUCAUCGCACAGGAAUACUCGGAUUUUCGGAUCGUACCAAAGGAUCUCGGACGGCUGCGGUCUCACUUGUGGAUUCUGCUCGAUAUCGCUUGUAGACGUGAACUGUUAACUUUUUGGAUUGUGAAUACGGACGUCACUUCUUAACACAGGACCACCGGAUCAUGGAUCUUUGGGUAUGAUUUUAAUAUAAAUUUUUGCCAAAUAACUUAUGUUGAGUGCACGCUCGGUAUAAUAUGAGAAUAUUAAUUGUUUGUUUUGGAUAUCCUUAACUCACACUUUAUUUGCUUUACUCGAUGUCUGCGUAAUUAUCCUACUCGUAGGUGCGCCACGGCCCUGAGGCGAGAAUACAUUAGCUUUGCUCAUUAGUCUUAGCCCUAACAAUUCGAUGUCAUAAAUGUAAUUAGCAUGCUUUAUUGAGCUUUCAUACAAUAUUUACAGUAAAUCUAUGGCGUGUGCGAAAGUGAGAGUGCUAGAGAUUGUAUGCCGGUUCAUUGUUUUCCAUUGAUUUUUCUAUCUGUGUGAACGUUUUCAAAAGAACAGAGAUUGUGUUUUACAUUAUUGAAUUGUAAAUUACAAAUUUUAAAAAUCCAAAAAAAAUGUUACUUAAUUAUUAUGAAUUUCGACUGAUUAUUUUUGUCAACCAUUUUUGACGAUAUCAUAGCGUGUGAAAUGUAAUUUAGGUAAUGAACCAGCAUUCCAAAGACCAACAUACUUUGAACUCAAUAAAUAUCUCUUAAAAAAAAUUAUGUUUAAUUAUUUGACAAUCCUUGUACAUGUGAUAAGAUGGCUCGGCUAAAAAAUCAAACUAUGAACAUAAAA